UCUCACCUCACAGCACUUGUAUGCGCUGGCGCAGCAUGGAUGGCAAUUCUGAAGACCAGGAAGCUGCCAUAUAAACUCUCCCGACAUGGCUGCGCGCAGGAGUCUGGGGGGUGGUCGGGUCCUUGGUAGUGGGAAGAAUCUCGCACCUCCAACACCAUCAGCAUCGCCUGCGCUCAAGCCCGGCCUAGCACUGCAGCGACCGCCUCUGCUAUCACCCUCUGACAGCUCUGUCUCGCUGAGCUCUCGUGCCUCGAGUACGCCGAUCACGACCGACACCGAGGAUCUCACUUCGCGUAUCGCGCUCGACAGCGAUGGGGUCAAUCAUGCGGCUGCGGCAGCCACGAAUCGCAUGGUCUGCCCCAUCUGCAGUGAAGAGAUGGUCACUCUUCUACAGCUAAAUAGACACAUCGACGAUAACCACGCAAAUCUCGAACAGAUUGAGCAGCAGGAAGCCCAGGAUUGGUUCAAGCAACAAAUGACAAAAGCGAAGAAGUUCCAGCCGCUAGCUUUGAUCAAUCAAAAGUUGCGGGGGCUCGAGGUGUUCGAGUCCAACAAUGAGAUUGCCGCAUCGUCUGUGACUCCACGCGUCCUCUCAGAGGGUCGUGAGGCAUCGCCGGCCCCAGUGGCAAGGGUGUCCGAGGCCUCUGAUCCUGACGAAGUUGUCACUCGUGCGCACUGGCAACGUUCUCGAGGAAAUGAUGCUUGCUCUGAUCCCAUGUGUGGAAAACGGCUUGGACCUGCGAACGGCCAAGUCAAUUGUAGACAUUGCGGCAAGCUUUUCUGUGACGAGCACACCAUGUACCAGAUGAAACUCUCACGAUCAGCACAACAUGAGCCGGUUCGUGGUCUGUGGUGUCGUGUCUGUGAGACCUGCUACAAGAGUCGGCCAGGUUACAACGACCACCGUGGAUUAGAAUGGAGUCACAUGGAUUUUUUCAGCAAAGUACGGCGGAAGAAUGUAGACAAGCAGUAUCUGGAGACAAGCCGACUCGAAACCAGACUCACGAGACUAACACAGCUACUUGCUGAUCCGCCUCCCAUGGAGCAGACUCCCAGUGCAGGCACCUUCCUGUGGUCAUCCAUCGCUGGGAGCAAGCCUCAGAUACGUGCUCUUGAGCAGUCUGUUGUGCCCUGGGAAGAUGAUACCACAGUUUCGGAAUGUCCCUUCUGUCAUCAACCAUUUACACAGUACAGCUUUCGACGACACCAUUGCCGCAUCUGUGGUCGGGUAGUGUGUGGAGAUCCUACAACGGCAUGUUCCUCGGAAAUCGGGCUCGAUGUGGCCACAAAGAAACCCGGGCCUCAAAAUGUGCCGGUCGAUGUGCGCAUGUGUAGAGACUGUCAGCGAACGAUAUUCAGUAAGGCAGACUUCGCACGAGAGCUGAACGCACCGACUCCAGAUCAGCGAGCCUACAACAAUCUCAUGCAGUUUGAGCAAGGCAUUCGCUUGCUCCUGCCGAAGUUCCAGCGACUACUGGGACCACUGCAGGACCCGGAUCAUCCGCCCUCUCCCGCACAGCUCGCAGAAGCGUCCAAGGUACGAAAGCGACUCACCGAAGCAUUUACGCAGUACGACGUAGCUGCACGACGUAUCAGAGAUAUGCCUACCGAAAGCCCAACGCAGGAACGACUUCAGAAGGCCAUCUACAUGCAGGCUUCAACCUUCCUCCAUAUUCACAUGCUACCACUCAAGUCGUUGCCAAAGAUUAUGAAACAUGCUACCCCGAAUGGGGUGCGGCACGCCCCUACAGGCUCCAACAAGCCCCAAUCUGCUCUGGCAGCCAUAAAGUAUGACUCCAUCGCCAAUGGUGAUAGCCAUCGGCCAGGAAGUAGCCGGGCCAGCAGCGUGAGCUCUGUCGCCGUCACGGCUUUAGAAGCAGAGGAGAGAGAACUAAGGGAACGUCUCAUUAUAUUGGAGGAACAGAAGUUCAUGGUUUCUGAAAUGAUUGCAGAGGCCAGUAAGCGAAGGAAAUUCGACGAAGUGUCUGCUCUGUCAUCCAAUGUCGAAGAGAUAUCAAAAGAGAUCGAUCACCUGCAAGCGCAGAUUCAGGCCAUGGACUUUGCUGGUGCAUAUGCUGCAGAUCAGGCUAUAAAGUGAAGCAAAAACCAGGUGAUGAAGAUAUCGAUUCGAGCAUUCUGAACGGGCCGAACCCGUUGCAUGAAGGACGUCGUCAGCCUCUGGAUGCGUCAGUUGGUCAAGGACAGCAACUAUCGCAUGACUCUGAGGAACUGCACCAAUGUCUGCUGCGAACGCUGUCCUACUCGGGAACGGUGCCGCACGCUGUUGGAUCGUCAUGGUGGUACAUGAUGGAGUCCAUUAUGGCGCGAUUCACCUCCUUCGCAUCAUCACUAAGGCCAUGGUGAAGCCUCUGGUUGAUCGCAUCCCGAAGAGAGGCGACAGGUGCUUAAUCUAUCUGAGCAUGGCGCAGAAGAGCGAAUUUCACCGCAUUCUCCAAAGCGCGCCACACGACUAGUCGGAGGAAUGGGAUGGGUCUCCAAACUGAUAAGAAUUCAAUGCAGAUCAUGAUGGAAUCUGCUCUCCGCUUGAUUUUUCUUGUUCAUAAUUCAUACUUCAGCCUGACUAGCCAUGGACCCUAAUUCAAUGCCUGCCAAGCUCCACGGGCAUGCUCAUUGUCCC